UAGCUGAAUUUGCGUAUCUUAAAUCGACCCCCCCCCUGUAGUGUAGAUGUAGCCUCAGACAAGCCCUUGUAGUUCCCAAGGCUGCAGCCUGACACCAGAGCUGCAUUCUCUCUAGUGGGAGACAUGACCUGCUACUGCUAGAAACACUCACACCAAAUAGCAAACCACCCCUUGUGGGCCAGGGCAGUCCCUGUUCCAUUUACUGACUGACCUACAAUGUAUUGCAGGGAAAGAAACCAUUUUCACAUCACCAACUCAUGAAAGUCUCCUGCUCUGUCCUUUAUCAGGGAUCUGUCCUGAGCCAGAGGGGGGAAAUCCAGAGAUAACAAAGCUUAAAGGGGUAUGGUGCCCUCUGGAAACUAUGGAUAGUAGAGGGUGAAGGCUGGAAAGCAGAACAGUAGUGCUGGCCUAGUGAUUAAAUACUGAACUGAGGCUCUGCCACAGCCUCCCUAUGUAACCUUGGGCAAGUCACUAGCUCGGUCUGUGCCUCAGUUUCCCCACUUGUAAAAAGAGGUCAAUACUGACCUAUUACCCAGGGAUGAUGUGGGGUGUUCCGAUACUACGGUGAUGUGGGUGUGCAUAUAUGUAGUUACUGUGAAUGUUUCCUCUCUUACAUGGGCCCCAGUCAGACACAGUGUUAAAGCCACACGCUUUAAGUGCAUGGACAUGGCUGAGAAAAAUGGCAGCUCCCCCAUCCCAGGGCAAUGCCUUCAGGUAGCAGAAUGUCAGUGAUGGGGGAAGGAAGGUUAGUUCCUAGUUGCCUAUGGCAGCAAACCCCCUGCAGCCUGGCUCGCUGCUUCCAGUUCAGACUGAACAGCCUGCUGAAUGUAGGGACAGGACCUGACUGCAGACUUUCCUCCAAACUAGCAGCUGUGGCCAAUUUCCCACAGCUCCUGAGAGCUGCCGGCCAGGGGCUCUCCAUGCCUCAUCCUUUCCCUUGCAAAGCCAGCCUUGAUUGAAAACAGGCUCGCAGGUUUUGGCACCCCUCAUCCAGCUUGUCACGUCGAUUACUUGGCGAGGGCAGAGGUACUAAGAUUCCAUAGCACGCCUCAAUCCACAGCAGAGCACCCAUCAAUAACGGAGGGAGGGUGCCACAAAGCCUUCCCAUGACAGUCAGCAUCACUCAGUGGGGAAAUAUGGCCGCCAUCAGGCUCACUGUUAUUUCUGCCUUUUGUUUCUCUUCCCUUCCCCUUUCUCUCCCUCUCUCGCUUCCCUGUCUUUGUGUCUCUCCUCCUCUGCACUCCUCUUCUAGCCAUAACAUCCAAUUCCCCCAGCGCCUUGAGCUUCCCUUCCACUCCUUCCCCUUUUCCAGCUGCUACAAUGAUCAGCAGUGAAUUAGCAAAUACUGACAUGUGAAGUGUCAUCAUUACGCUCCAGAGCUAACACCAGACAUGCUGAUGACAAAAACAUACCCCUGCUGUAGGUGAAACUGAGACAUUGCUUCAGGCUGCUUUCAGACUCAGGAAGACAGCACUGCAUCAGUUCACCGCUGCCUCAUUGUCUGCACGGUGAAUGUUACAACCAGGAGGGCUAGAAUACCUUUUAUAUGUCUAUAAAUGGAAGCUGAAUCUGGACUAUGCUCUGCUGCCCCAGGGACACGUCCGAGAGGCCAGAUCUGGCCUGAGUGUUUGAAGUCACUGCCCUAGUCACUUUCAGAUGGUGAUGAGUGCUAAGAGGCACUAGAAAUAAACCCGGCACAAAGUGCAUUCCAGAUCACGUGCAGCUGCUGAAAGCCAGAGGCCCUAUGUGCCGGUGACAAAUACAUAUGCCUGCGCCAAGUGAAACUGCUUCUGGCAUUGCCCAGCUGCUGUGAGGCUCAAAGUACAAGCAGAGUGGGGUUCUAUCCUCCCUGCUGAAAGCUUGCUGGGUAGCACUUGCUUCCCCUUCUAGCACUGUUGCAUGGAGCUGCCGUGAGAGAGAUCCAGCGCUCCACUCCAGAGGAGGCUGCAUUUCAGCAUAGGGGAAGUGACUGUUCUCUCUGUAUGCUGAUGAGCCUGGGGGAGCUGCGUGAGGCCUCUGUUAGCAGUUCCAGCCUUUGGUUCCAUGAAGGAGAAGCUCAGCUUGCAGAAACGGAGGCACAGUGCAGGUAGGGGAGCUAGCCGAGGUGGAGCUGGGAACUGAAGCCAGGCAACUGAGGUGAUGCAAUGUCAGUGGCUGGAGAGGAUUUGAAAGCUGUUGUAAAGGAAGCACAUUUGGCAACGGGCAGGCUGUGGGGAGGUGACUGAUGGUGCAACCCCUGGUGGGCACUGAGGCCAGCCUGGAGGAGGAGAUUGCAUUAACUUUGUUGGCAACAGGAAAUUCUUCUCCGUUCUCAACUGCCCAGUCAUUGCUGCACAGCUCCGAGGAUUAAUCCUGUCAAAUUGGAAAGCAGGUGCACACGGCAGCGAAGUCCAGUGUGAUGGGGAUGGUUUGAUGACCCACUUUCACAAGGCUGACAGGUACAUGGCUCAGCCCUACUCCUGCCCCAGGCAGCUCAAGGGAACUCAGGUGAUUCUGCAGCCAUGAGGCCAGAAGGCAGGCCGUGAGAAAAUGGAAUUGGCUGGAGUGGGGCAGGCAGCCUCGGGAAGUCAUUUCUCAGGUACACCGGCUACUGGAGAGAUCAGCUAACCAGCUGUAUGGAUGUCACGCUGGCUGGGAAAAGCUAAGUGAGAUUAUUCCUGCAUCAUAGGCUUCCCGGUGUGAGAGAAAAUGAACGAGAGAAGCAACAGAUGGAAAGGAAAUGGCCUGGAGUGGGAGGAGAGAGGCAAAGCCUUGAUGACGGGGACAGCAGUUUGCAGAUGGCCAGGGAUUUUUAUAAGGAUUUUUGAAUGCAAAGAGCAAAGUGAAUUCUGAUGUGUAACAAAGGUACAGUUGGCCUGUGGAACUCACUGCCACAGGAUCUCAGUGAGACCAAGAGAUUAGCAGGAUUCAGAAAAGGAUUGGACGUUUCUGUGGACAUCCAGAGUAAAUUCCGAACAUAAAGAAGGAGUUCUGGACAGGAUACAAACCCUCCAGCUUCAGGGCAUGAGCUACACUCUAGCAAUUAUGGAUCAGGAGGGAACUUUCCAUGGGGGUAGGGUGAUCGCAUAGCUGCUACUGCAGGGUUUAUUGCACCUUCCCCUGAAUCAUCUGGUAAUGGCCACAACAGAGCCAGGAUACUGGGCUAGAUGAACCCCAGGUCUACUCCCAUCUGGCAGUGCCUGCAUUCACAUAACAAACAGUCAGUACAGACUGAGUGUCCUUGCAGCCAGCUUCUAAUUAACCACACGUAGACCUGUGCCCUUCCGAAUGCGUACACAGAAAUUAACUCCUGAACAACAGAGAUUGGGGAUCAGCCCUCUUGGGGGCCGCGCUUUAUACACAGAGGUUUAUUAGAAGCACUGCUUAGCAGCUUCCUCAGGACAGCACCCCAUCUGCCAGCUGGGACGCCGGCAGGGUGAGCGUCCCCACAGCAGCACCUUCCCAGUGCAGACCAGGUGGGAUGCUAGCUCCUGAUCAUGCAUGGGAACGUUUUGUGUGCUGCCGGUACAAGCACACCCAGAUAUCCUCAGCUUAGCUAAGAUGUUGGGAUGUGUCCGUGAAUGGGACUGGUACGUAAGUGAUCUGCCUUGGCACUCAGCUCAAAGAAACCUUGUUCUGAUUGCUCGCCUUGUAACCUCACUAAGGUGUCCUGGUGGCCUGGCUCCCUCCGGUGCUAUAGUAGAGGGGAGAGAUGGAACCCGUGCAGAGCCGUCUGACGUUCUCCAUAACAAGUGGGAUCCCAGAGGUUGAUCUCCAGUAGAUGGCCCCCUUGCACCACACUUACCAACCCUGGCAGGCUGGGCAGCGUGCACGGCAUUGUAUGCACCCUGAUGCCCCACUCUGCUCUGGCUAAAUGGAUUUGCCAUCACUCUGUUGCCCUGCCACCUUCCCUCUCUCAUCUCACCUGGCCCCUGUUGGCAGGAACUAAUUCCUCCCUCCUUGCCCUUCUUCCGAGCCGGAACCACGUCCCCUUCUCGCUGGGUUCGUCUCAGCUCCGGCGUGGGUGGGAUGGAGAAGCUUGUGUCCAGCUGGUGCUAGGGCAAGGCCGUGGGACACGUGAAUCCAGUGCCUGUGAAGCACGCGGAGUCCCAUGGUAUGUUUGGAGAGUCAGUGUGUCCCAGGGACAUGGCCCUCAGCUGGGCCUCAGGAGACUUUGCUCCUGGCUCUGCCGCACCCUCGGGUAAGUGCCUUCCCCACUGGGCCUCUGUUUUCCCCUCACACUCUAAACAGACAAAGGGGGAAAGCUCUGCAGGGCAGGGACUGGCUCUUGCUAUGUGUGUGUUUAGCCCCAGCACGCCGGGAGGGGCCCUGCUCUCGGUUGAGGCCUGCUAGGUAUCGUUGUGAUUUAACAAAGUCUGCCUGGAGCACAACCCAUGUGUGGGUCUGAUACGUAGGACUGUGCUAUGUCGGGGGGCAGCCCAGCUGGGGGGACUCAAAUCGACUGCGUGGUGCAUCAGCAGCAGGGUUCAAAUGCGGUUAGCAACCAAAGCAGCUGACGGUGUUUCCCACCUGACAGUAGCCUGGCGCCUGGCUGUCUUCCUGUAACCAGUUUAACAAGCUGAUUUCCACUCUGGCCAGGACCCUCUGAUCUGCUUGGCGUAACCAGUUCAGCCGGUCUUGCUCCCGCUCAGUUCAUGGUGCAAUAGGGCAUCCCACAAUGCACUGCUGCUAGUGCUGCUCUGGACUCUAUCUCAUGCUGGGGCACUAUAGCAGAGCUGCUCAGAUUUCCCCACAAUGCACUGAUACAAGCCUGGUUACACUGCACAGGAGGUGAGGAGACACAAAGUCUAGUCUAUAUAGCAGGGAUAGGCAACUUUAAGGUAGUAGAGGGCCACAAGUUCAUGAAAACUCUUUGGUGAACCAGGAGUGGUGAUAUAGGGGUGUGAUGGGGGGAGGGGAGAGUGUCAGGUCCUGCCCUCGGGUGGGUGGGAGGCACUGCUGGAUCGCCAACUCUGAGCUGGUCUGGGGCAGGCCAAAUAAAAUAACCUGGCAGCCUGGAUGUGGCCCCCGGGCCGCCAGUUGUCCAUCCCUGCUAUAUAGGACCUUAUACGGCGCUCAUCAUUGUAGAAUCUGAACGUCUUCCAGUAGUUCAUUAAAGAACAUGCCUACACAUCUGUCCCAUGUUGUGUGUUCUCUCAUCAUCUCCCCAGUGGAUUCUCUCUGCUGUCUGGUUCAUCCUGGCAUUGGGAGAUGCUUCAGCCCCGGUGAGCAUGUCUAGCAGAGAAAGCAGCCUUGGACACACUAAUCACAGAAAUGAUUCAGAAAAACCUGCCAUCCCACAGAUUUCCAGGCCCAUAUCACCUGGGUCCAUUCAAUGCAGAGAACAUGAAAAGUAGAGAUUGGGGCUGAUGCUGGGACAUCCAGAGCUAGUCAAUGGAUUAGUGCUAAAUUCCCAGGAGAGAACAAUGCUGCAGCGGUGGGUGUGUUCCUCCUCAGGCCUGCUGGACCAGACGGCUUACAGACACAAGGCAUAGAAAGUGGAAGGAGCUCCUACCUCUGCAGAUAGUUUGUCCAUGUCUCACUGCUGUAGUGUCCUUCAUGAAGCCAGCAGAGAGCGUUUGGGUCUUUGGGGGCCCGGUCAUGCUUUUGCCCAGCAUUUCCCAUCGGGCAUUGCAGCUUGUCCCCAGGUACAAUGCUGCUAUCUGAAUUCAGUGAAUGUCUGAUCCAUUUGUGUGACUCCAAGUCCCCCAGCCAGAAUAAACCAUGAAUGGAUGUGCUGGAUGCAGCUGAUCUUCUCCGGAGGCUGCUGCUGGCCUCUCUUUCUCUGACUCUGUUUUGCCUCCUUCAUGUCACUGAAUCUCUCUCUUUUCCUAGUCCCUCAGGAACUGGAUAGCACCCUUCCAGUGCCUUCUGUGCAAGGAUCUCAAAGCGCUGCGCAGACAUUAGAGAAUUCAGCCUCACCACGCCCUGGGAGGCAGGUAAAGUUUCCCUGAUUUGACAGAUGUGGACACCAAAGCACAGACAGUACCUUGCCUAAAGUCACAGAGCGAGUUAGCAACCGAGCCGGGAAUAAAACUCCAGAUCUCCUGACUGCAAGUCCUCUGCGCUAAGACAUCCUGCUUUCCUGAAAAGUCACCUGAGCCGUUUCCUCCUUUUGCUGCUAGACAGAACAAAGAACCAGUUCGUAAUAAAGUCUUUACAGGAAAGAUCAUUUGGAUCUGCAGGUGGCCUGUGCAAGAUUACAAGAGUUUGCCGCACCGCCCUCAAUCAGCGUGAGGCCAGGGAAAUGGGUAGCAACCGCGUUUGCUCUGCCUGGGAGGUGUCAGCUUGAAAUCUAUCCAUUGCACAGUUUCAUCCUGUAGAUGUAAAGAGUUGUUCAAAAAGCCAUUGUUGGUUGGAGAUGUUCCAUCUACAACACUUACAGCGAGAGGCCUUAAUUUAAACCCCUGUUGGUGGGCUCCAUAUACACCAGCCCCACUGGAAACCUCAGACUUUGUGUGUUGAGUGAAACCUCCUGAUGUGGUUUAAAGAGCUUUAUUACAGCAGCCGGAGGCAGGCUGAUUCCCUGUCUCCAGAGAAAGGUCGGAAGGACAAGGCACUUUCUUUACAGCACGUGUACAGCGGGAGAGUGACUCAGCAGCCACAGUGGGGACUGGAGCGAUGCACUGGGAAGCAGUGAAAGUGUAUUGCAAUUAGCAGUAUCAGAAGGGAAACUAAGUCACUGGUCUCUGCUAGGGAAGGUGACGGGGAGUAACAAAAGGCCACAACAUUUACUCACCACUGCCUGUGUUGGACUGGAGUGUGGUUCUGAGUGCCUCUCUUCUGAGCAUUGCUUCCCUGGCUAACCCUGAGUGAUGGCAUCUCAGAGGCUUCCACCACACUCUUCCCCAGCAAGACAUGAAGCCAGGACUGUCCCUUGACCCAGGCUCAGAGGAACAUAGGAGCUGCCAGACUGGAUCAGAGCCAAGAUCCUUCUAAUCCUGUCUCCUGUCUGUGACAGUGGCCAACACCAGCUGCAUCAGAGGAAGAGCACUGAAGAGGUCGUUCGAUAUGGAGGAUGCUGAAGAGGCUCCAGCUGUUCCGCCUUCCUGCCCGUUCGGCCCCAGCACGCCUGCAGACAGCCUAGCCGCGGGCAAUGGGGAAAGCGGCCGGCUGGCCAGCCUCAUGCCACCCACCCAUCAAUCCCGCAUCAGCCUCAGCUCGAGCCCCAGCCCAGCCCAGAGCCCUGUGCUGAAGACCAAGAUUAGCACCAGCUUCUCCUUCAACAGAGGCACCAUCCAGCUGGCCAGGGCCAACGGCGCCGUGAGCUCCAGCCUGACCCGCGUCGCCUCUUUCCAAGCCAGGCUUGAUCCCAAUGGCUUCUCCUCCUCCUUAGGCCUGGGCAGUGAGAGCCUCCACAGCUCCUCCUCCAGCUUGGAGUGCCCACCGCCCCCCAGCACACCCCAGAGUGCUGCCAGGCAGCCGGAGCCUCGGGGGCUCAAGGCCGCCCCGGUUGCCAGCCCGGCACUGAAGAAAUUCUCUUCCCACAGUAACGUCUUCCAUUCUGAGGCGGAACAGCCCAUCCAGCUGGUGUCCAAGGCCGGAGUGAACCAUGGCUCACUGCCCUCUCUGGACCUGCACAUUGCCGAAGAUCAGGGCUCCCCCAUCCCACUCGCCCCUGCCCUGGCUUUUCACUCUGCUGGAGCCUGGAGCAGCGGCAGCCAGAACUGCGCCUUGCUCCGAGGGAAGAGCAGCACACCCGUCAGCAGGGAGCCUUCCUUCUCCUCCUCUUCCUCCUCUUCCUCUUCCUCCCCACUCUCCGAUGCAGCCCAGCGGCCCAGUCUGAGCCCCCCUCCUCCACCCUUCAGGCAGCCGACAAAGCUGCAGAAAUUCCCCCUCAGCCUGGAUGGUUUGGUGGGGAAGCCUCUGGAUGGCUCGGAUCCAGCGCCGAGUGCUGACUCUGCGUCCAGACCGCAGCCAAGGACGCAGCUCCAGCUCAGCCUCAGCACCAGCCCCAGCCUGUCCCGGCAGCCCCCGGGUAGGGCCAAGGAGGGUGCAGCCGCAGCCUCUGUGAGUGGUGUCUCCGCAGCGCCGUCUCCGGGGAAGUGCCCAGGUGCCCAGGUCAAUGAGAGCCCUUGGCCACCAUCUCGGUCUCCUGCUCAAGCUGCUCCCUUCAGGCUCAUGUCUCGGCCUCAGAUAAUGCAAGUGACUUCUCAACCCUCCUUCCUUGGAGGCCCAGCAGCAUGUCCAAGGGAACAUGUCCGAUCCAUGGCUGAAAGAGUCAACUCCUUCUCCAGCUCUGAGGUCUCAGGUCUUGGGGCUCCUGCUCCCAGUUCCUACCCAAGGGAAGUCCCCUAUGUGGGCCCGACAGGUUCUCCAAGGGUCUCUUCUGUGAGCGAGGAGAUGCAGGGCCGAGAGAAGACAAAGGAAGGGAGUAGCCCGGAGCCAGGGUGUAUCAGUAUGGAGGGGCAGCCAGUCCAGCCAGCGCCCGAGGAGACGCCCCGCAACACUAACCCAGCCAACGUGGGGCUGGAGCUCUUUGGCUACGUGGGCAUCGAGGCGGUGCUGGAUCAGAUGAGGAUCAAGACCAUGAAAACAGGCUUUGAAUUCAACCUCAUGGUUGUAGGGCAGAGCGGCCUGGGAAAGUCGACAAUGGUGAACACUCUCUUCAAGUCGAAGGUGAGCCGGAAACCCACAGGCCCCGGCUACGAGGAGCACAUCCCAAAGACGGUGCAGCUGCAGUCCGUCACCCACAUUAUCGAAGAGAAGGGCGUGAAGAUGAAGCUGACUGUGACAGACACGCCAGGGUUCGGCGACCAGAUCAACAAUGAAAACUGCUGGGACCCCAUCAUCAAGUACAUCAACGAGCAGUACGAGAAGUACCUGAGAGAGGAGAUCCUCAUCAGCCGCAAACGGAAGAUCCCAGACACCAGAGUCCACAGCUGUGUGUACUUCGUGCCACCCACUGGCCACUGGCUGCGUCCCUUGGAUCUGGAGUUCAUGAGGCGGCUGAGUAAGAUCGUCAACGUGGUGCCAGUGAUCGCCAAGGCAGACACCCUGACCCUGGAGGAACGGGCCGAGUUCAAGCAGAGGAUCCAGAAGGACUUGAAGGCCCACGGCAUCAGCGUCUAUCCCCAGGAGGAUUUUGAUGACAACCCAGACGACAGGAUAUUGAAUGAUAAAAUUCGAGACAAAAUCCCCUUUGCAGUGGUGGGAGCGGACAAGGAGCAUCAGGUGAACGGGAAGAGGGUCUUGGGCCGCAAGACCAAGUGGGGGAUCAUUGAAGUGGAGAACCCAGCGCACUGCGAAUUCCCCCUGCUCCGAGACCUGCUCAUCCGGUCCCACCUGCAGGAUCUCAAGGACAUCACCCACAACGUGCAUUACGAGAGCUACCGCGUGCAGCGGCUCAACGAGAGCAACCGGCUGGCGCUGAGCCCUGUCAAUGGGCUGCUGGGGAAGGACGAGGUGGAGAGCGACCUCUGAGCAGGGAGAGCAGGGCGUCCUCCUCCCAGACAGCGCCCACAGACUGGCUGAGGGGGGGGAGGAGCUGAGAUCCCCACCCCCUGGACAGAGCUCCUCCGUUCUCACUGCCCUGCCCAAGUGCCCUAGUGCUGGGCCAGGCGCCGUCUCUGCCAAUGCACCAAAACCUUCCUGCCGUGCAACAGCCUUAAGCAAGGAAAGACUCUUGGGGGGCUGUGCCAGGCACUGCCUCGAGGGCCCCCACUGCUCACCAUCCAUUCCUCCUGCUUCCCCCAUGCCCGUCCCCCUUGACGACUUUGCAUGGAGCUCAUAGGUUCCUGGCACACGCACCCCCUGCACCGCUGCUCUCCGACAAGAACACCCCAGUUCUGGAGAGAGCCCUGCCCUAUCACAGAGGCACAGACUGGAGCCAGUGGGCCUGACCCCCCGAGACCUGAGCAGCACCCACGGGAAGGUGUGGAGGCGCAGGCCUUUCCCACUUCAUGCCAUUGCCCCUGGGACGGGGGCAGCCUCAGGCCUGAGCUGCUGAAAACAGCCUUACCUCCUGAUCUUGCCCACCUGGGCUGCUGCCCUGAGCCUCCAGCUCCUUCAGGAGGCCCAGCGCCUGUAUCUCCCAUGAGGGGGGACUGGAGUAGAACACCGCCCUGCGUGCUGUGGGGCAGAGGGGGCCCUGGGGCUGGGGCUAGAGCCAGCCCUUCCUGCUGGGGGAUGAGUGAAGCUCUGGGAGGUGGAGGUACCCAGUCAGCCUCUCCCAUGUCCUUAGGGGACAGCCCAGUGGAAUUCCUCUAAGGGUUCUGACCCAUCCUACAGAGGGCAAGAGCCUGUAGCUGCCCAUAGGGUUAGGGAAAAGGUGGGAUGGGCAGUGCUAAGGUUUGGGGGAUAGCAGAGGGGGAUGGAGGCAGUGUGUGUCCAAACCACACGUGGGCUGGGAAAAGCCAGGGGGGCAGGGAGACGGAUGCAGGCUGCCCCAGCCAGGGGAGAGGCAUUGGUGGGAGGGCCAGGGCUGGGGCUGAGAGCCAGGCAGCGGGAGGAGCGAGGGGUGUCACGGGGCUAUCCCCCCAGCCCACAGGGCGGUGCUUGGCUAGAUACUGUCCUCUGUACAGCUGGGGCUGGGGCUCGUUCUCUCACUGGAGGAUCUGGUCACACAUUAAAGAUCCCCCUGCA